UUUUUAGUAGCUGUCCACUACAGCGGCCGCUAUGCACCAUCAUCAGAGUUAAAUAAGCUCCCUCGACAAAAGAAAAAAAUGGCUUCUACGUCAAACUCGGACACGCCGUCCGUCUCUGACGUAGAAAGGCGCAGGAGUGGACUUUGCGAGGAGUUUGCUGCCAUAACGGGAACCGACAGCGCCGUGGCUCAAUGCUACCUGGCAGAAAACGACUGGGAGAUGGAGAGAGCCAUAAACAAAUUCUUUGAGGCAGACAUGGAGAGAGUAUUUGAGGAAGACUUUGAGGGAAGUGAGGACAGGCCUCAAAAAAAGAAGCAGAAGGUCGAGAAAGAGCCUCCAAAGGAGUGCAUCGAUUUGACCGGCGACAGUCCCGCUGCACGGAAACCAUCGGAUGAAGACGACGCCAACCUGUCCCUGAUCUCCUGGAACGUAGAUGGACUUGACACAGACAACCUGGUAGAGCGAGCCAGGGGCCUCUGUUCCUAUUUAGUCUUAUACACCCCCGAUGUGGUAUUUCUACAGGAACUCAUUCCACCUUAUGUUCAGUACCUGAGGAAACGGGCUGUCAGCUACCUCGUCAUUGAAGGCGGUGAAGACGCUUACUUCACGGGAAUGAUGCUGAAGAAAUCCCGAGUAAAGUUCCUGGAGAGUGAGACGGUGCCAUUUCCUACCACACAGAUGAUGAGGAAUCUGCUUGUGACUCAGGCGACGUUCAAAGGCCAGAAGCUGUGCCUGAUGACGUCCCACCUGGAGAGCUGUAAAGGCCACGCCCAGGAGCGGAUGAAGCAGCUGCAGGUGGUGAUGCAGAGGAUGAAGGACGCUUCCGACGACGUCACCGUCCUCUUCGGAGGGGACACCAAUCUGAGGGACGCCGAGGUAGCCAAAGUGGGCCUGCCCUCCGGCGUCUGCGACGUGUGGGAGCGACUGGGCAAGCAGGAGCACUGCCGCUACACGUGGGACACCAGAGCCAACAGCAACAAGACCGUUCCCUACGUCAGCCGGUGCCGCUUCGACCGCGUCUACCUCCGGCCAGCCUCCAAGGAAGGAGUGCCGCGGCUGGGCCCGGAUCACAUGGCGCUGAUCGGGACGGAGAAGCUGGACUGUGGCCGCUACACCAGCGACCACUGGGGCCUUUACUGUAGCUUCACUGCGGGGUAGAAACAGCUGGAAGCAUUUUAGUUUAAGCUUUCUGUUCCAUAGCCGUAAAACAUCACAUCCUGUAAAUGAAUCAAAUGGAUUAACUCUGCUCUUUUUAUUGUUUCGUCCCACUUGUUUGGAAAUGACAUUUGUUGCUGGUUAACGUUGGGUCUUUGUUUAGUUUUAUGCCUUCAGUGGUUUCAGAUGAGCUAAUAAAGACAUUUUUGCACUGUUUGGAAACCACA